AACCUAUCCUAUAUAAAUCUCAAACAAUCUUUUGCUACCAAAAGAAUUAGGGUUUUUAACACUAGCCGGCUGCGCCUGUCACUCGCGAAGAGAGAGAGAAAAACCCUCCAACCCCAUCUCAGUAUCUCGAACAAUCUCCAUUCUCGUCAAUCAUGGGGAAGACACGUGGUAUGGGAGCUGCUCGCAAGCUCAAGUCUCACCGUAGAAGGCAGAGAUGGGCUGACAAGUCAUACAAGAAGUCUCAUCUUGGGAAUGAAUGGAAGAAGCCAUUCGCAGGUUCUUCUCACGCAAAGGGCAUUGUCCUUGAGAAGAUCGGUAUUGAAGCUAAGCAGCCUAACUCUGCUAUUCGUAAGUGUGCCAGAGUUCAAUUGAUCAAAAACGGAAAGAAGAUUGCAGCCUUUGUUCCCAAUGAUGGUUGUUUGAAUUAUAUUGAAGAGAACGAUGAGGUUCUGAUUGCUGGAUUUGGACGUAAAGGUCACGCCGUCGGAGAUAUUCCCGGAGUUCGUUUCAAGGUUGUGAAGGUUGCUGGUGUAUCACUCCUUGCUUUGUUCAAGGAGAAGAAGGAAAAGCCUAGGUCUUAAGCUAGGGCUUCUGUUAGGGCACUUCUGCUUAGCAGUAUUGUGUUUCUGCAGUUUGAGAAAUAGAGGUGGAACUGUGUUAUCAAGCUGUUUUUGUGAACUUUCUUAUGGUUUAAUAUCUAGUGAUUAUGCAACAACAAUUUUGAUGUUGAGAUUUGAUUUCUCUUGGCUAAUUAUAUACUCUUGGAAUCUUGUUCA